AUGAGAGGUGGUGAACCCAAAGCCAAAUCGAAGAGCACUGAUGAAAGCUUAGAGUACUGGUACAUGAGCAUCAUCGUCUUAAUGACCGGAUAUACAAAGGAUGUGAAUAUCGCAAUUGCUGCCUUCUCCAUAUGCCAAUGUAUAUUCACCUGGGUAAUGAACGUAAGCGUUGGCUUGAUGGGUGCAGCAUGCGUUCGAGUGGCGAACGAAUUAGGAAAAGGAGAUGCAGACGCGGUGAAAUUCUCCAUAAAAGUGGUGCUUGUGGUAUCAGCCGUGAUCGGUGUGACAUGGUCUGGUGUUUGGCGAAUCAUCGUUAUGCUCAUUGUUCAUGUAUUGAAGAAGAAUGCUUCGAAGAACAUCGAGUUGGAGGAUGACGAUACUAGGGUUAUUACUGGGGACCAGCUCAUAAAGACUUCUAUAAAGGGAAUCACUGCAAACCCAAAAGAGGCAAGUCGAGAGGAAACAAAUCCUAAACUUAUGCAACGAGUAAAAAUCCAGCAAGUUGAAGACCAAGAUAAGUCUUCUAGAUCUAAAACUACACAAGAGCUGACAUGUUACAGGUGCAAGAAGCAAGGAGACGUUGCCAAGGUCUGCCCCACAAGGAAGACUACCACAAAAACAGAACCGAUACAACAAAUCUUAGGUUGUGAUCCGCAAGUCAAUGUAAAACCAUAA